CCGUCAACCUCUCCACGACGACGUUUAACCAAAUUGGGGGGAGAGAGGACUCAGCUUCAGCAAUUAAGCUUUUUAGAUCUAAAACCCCUUCGUAACACUUUCCUCUCUUCCCCUCAGAUCCCAAUUUCCCGACGACAACCAAAAUGUCGCACUCCUACGGCGAAAGCGACACCGUUCCCCUCCACCCUUCCUCCCAGUCCGACAUCGACGAGAUCGAAAACCUAAUCAACGCCAGCGUCCAAUCCGGCCCCACCACCGUCCUCCCCGCCAAGCCUCCCAGCCCCCCCCGCGCCUCCAUCCCCGUCUCCUCCUCCCCCUUCAUCCAAUCCAACCUCCCCCAACCGGCCCCUCCCGCCUCCUCCAAGCCCAAGCCUCCGCCGCCGUCCUCCGCCCCCGCCCCUCCCCCCGUCCCCUCCGCCGCCAACAACAUCGCCGCUUCCGGGUUCGGGUCCCCGCCCAACACCCUAACGGAGCCCGUUUGGGACACCGUCAAGAGGGACUUGUCUCGGAUCGUCAGCAAUUUGAAGCUCGUCGUCUUCCCUAACCCCUACCGUGAGGACCCCGGAAAGGCUCUCAGGGAUUGGGAUCUAUGGGGUCCUUUCUUCUUCAUUGUGUUCUUGGGCCUCACUCUCUCCUGGUCUGCAUCUGUCAAGAAGUCUGAAGUUUUUGCUGUUGCAUUUGCUGUACUUGCUGCUGGUGCUGUGAUUUUGACGUUGAAUGUACUCCUACUGGGGGGACACAUAAUUUUCUUUCAGAGCCUAAGUCUUCUUGGUUAUUGCUUAUUCCCUCUGGAUGUUGGAGCUUUAAUCUGUAUGGUGAAGGACAAUGUGAUAUUGAAGGUGGUUGUAGUAAGCAUUACACUUGCUUGGAGUUCUUGGUCUGCAUAUCCUUUCAUGAGUUCAGCAGUCAACCCCAGGAGAAAAGCUCUCGCACUUUACCCAGUUUUUUUGCUGUAUGUAUCUGUUGGUUUUCUUAUCAUCGCCAUUGAUUAACACAUCGAAACUAAAACAUGCAUGCUAGUAGAUAGAAAUUUUGUGGGGUGCUUCAUUUUCUGACUUGUUGCUUGGGAUCUGAGCUCCUUCUGCCUAUAAUAUUUGCUGUAUCAAACUUCUUACAUGAUUUUUAUGCUAUCACGUUCAUACCUUUUGGAAAUGCUGUCGUAAGAGAUCAGUUCAUUCAUGUUC